GGAAAAAACUUUAUCUAAAAGUAUAAAUUAUGAGGAACUUUAAUCAGGAAUAUCAUUAAACUUCUUUUGCGUAUUAUUUUUUCUCAUCAUAAAGGAUUUUAUAAGAAAAUGAAAGGAUUGGUGCUUGGUAUAUACGAAACAGAAGAUGAAAGCAACAUUUCAUUGACUCCUACAGCGGCUAAAUACGAUGAACUAGUUAAAGGAAAGCUGCAAAAAAAUAUUUUGUUAGCAGGGCCAAAAAUUCCCAAAGGUCAUGCUAGAGUAUUUUGGGGUUUGGACGAGAAGGAUUACGUUGGAGUAGCGGUUGUUGGUCUAGGAAAACAAAAUCUUGGCAUUGAUCAACUUGAGGAAAUACACGAAGGGAAAGAAAGCAUACGUAUUGCAGCAGCAGCUGGUUGCCGUGCAUUGGACGCAGUUGAAAUAAAAUAUACAAUGGAAAACAUUGGGAAUGCAGAAGCUGCGGCAGAAGGAGCUGCACUAUCAACUUGGUUUUACCAAGGUCAAAAUAAGAAAAAACAGAAAGUAUAUCCAAAAGUUUUUUUGUAUGGUCAAGAAGGAGAAGAACAAUGGUUGAUUGGAAGUAUCAAAGCUCAAGCUCAAAAUUGGGCACGUCAACUUGCCGAUACCCCGGCUAAUCUAAUGACACCUACCAUAUUUUCUAAAGAAGUGUGCUCGGUUCUUACUAAACUAGGAAUUACAGUACAAGUACACGAUCAAGAAUGGGCAGAACAGAAACAGAUGGGUUCUUUCCUUAGCGUAUCUCGCGGUAGUUGCGAGCCACCAAAGUUUGUUGAAAUUCAUUAUAAAGGUGCUAAUGAUAAUUCUCAACCGAUUGCCUUUGUCGGAAAAGGUGUUACAUUCGAUGCUGGUGGUAUUAGUCUUAAGCCUCCAUCUGACAUGGACGAAAUGCGUGCCGACAUGACUGGUGCAGCAUGUGUAGCCGCUGCUAUUCGAGCUGCGGCUGAACUUAAAUUGAAAGUGAACAUCAUCGGUUUGAUACCGCUUACCGAGAAUUUACCCUCUGGAACUGCAACUAAACCAGGAGAUGUUGUAAUUGCGAUGAACGGAAAGAGUAUCAUUGUAGAUAACACUGAUGCGGAAGGUAGACUGAUCCUGGCCGAUGCUCUUUGCUAUGCUCAAGAAUUUAACCCAAAAUUCAUUUUGGACAUCGCGACAUUAACGGGUGCAAUGAGAAUUGCUUUGGGAGGAGCAGCAACUGGUGUAUUCACGAAUGAUGGUACUCUCUAUGAGAAGCUACGGAAUGCUGGCACCAUUACUGGUGAUCGAGUAUGGAGAUUUCCACUUUGGCAGCAUUUUACCGAUGAAAUGACAAAAAAAGUUAAGUCAGCGGAUGUAAGGAAUGCCGCUAAAACCAAAUGUGGAGGUUCUUGCACUGCGGCUGCUUUCUUAAGAGAAUUUGUUUCACCCGAUACCCCCUGGAUGCAUUUAGACAUUGCAGGAGUAAUGGGUCCUGGACCUGAUAAGUUACCAUAUGUACCAGCUGGAAUGACAGGUCGUCCGACUCGUACGCUUAUUCAGUUUCUACAAGCAAUGUGUUAAAAUUGACAACUAUUUUAAGUUGUAUGGUGCAAGUUUAUCUAUUUUUAUAUAUAUAUGUAUGCAUAUGUAUAAUACACGCAUUUAUAUGUA